AUGUUUCAAUUUCUGAGAAGCUGGACAGACUCGUAAAGACUAUGGCGACAUGUUUGUGCAGUAACACUUUAGUUCUGGCUCUAUUCAUUAUUUCGGUGCAUUUGGUUUACUGUCAGGAUGUCCAGUGGCCUCUUCACACAGUGUGCAACUCAGAUACACUUACAGUGUCCUACAGGAGCUGUGACCUUUUGCAGGAUGUGGGCUUCACAUUGCACCCUUGCCCAAACAAAUUAACAGAUCCGGCAAAUUUGAGAUUGGCUUUAUUUCUGAGACAGCCCAUCGAUGAGUUGUACCUAUCAGCUGUGCUGUUGCUGAGAGGCAUGGAAGUCUUAAGAAAGAACGAAGCCCUUUGUCCUCCUCAUUUUCCCCGUUUUACAUUUUGUGGAAGCAGGAGAGGAGAACUGAUCACCAUCGAUUCAUCAUUUGAGUCAAUAACAGAGCUUCCUAUUAAGGGUGACUUUACAUUUCGGGUGACUGUAGUAAAUCAAGAUGAUUUUCAGAUUGCCUGUGUGAAUGCAACUCUCAGUAUCGUGUGACAUCAUAAGACCGGAGGACCUGUUGUUAAACAGAUGAGAACGGGACUCCUUUUUUCUUUGAAUUAAAAAAUUAAGCAUAUUUUGUCAAAUCUGUUGAGUAAAUAAUAAAUCUGUUUUGCUGUGUUAACCACUUUGUGGACAGUUUUGAAACAACUUUAACAUAAAGAUAAUUUAGAUAAUAUAGAUGUGUCAACUUUGUUAGGAUUGGACAAUAUCUGACAUCCAACUAUUUGAAAAUCUGGAAUGUGGUGGUGCAAAAUAAUUAAAUAUUGAGAAAAUUGCAUAAAGUUUUCAGAAUUAAGCCCUUGGCAACACAUAUUACUUUUUUUAAUGACCAAAUAUCUUAAUCUUAAUAUUCCAAUGAUUUUUGGUAUGAAAUGAAAUCUAUAACCACGUACGUUCUGCAUCUUCCCUGUCAGUUUUUAAAUCUCGCUUGAAAACACGUUGCUUUUAAUAAUCUGUAACCUGUUUCUUAAUUUUCCUUGUUUAAUUUAUUGUGUGAUAUUUUAUUGUUUUGUAAAGCACAUUGGUCAGCUUGGCUGUAUAAAUGGUGCUAUAUAAAUAAAUUUUGACUUGA